CCAUAGGAAAGAAAAGCCAGAAAAUGGCCCCUGGUUUUCUGUUAUUCCGCUCUUUCCUAUUUCAAUAUCAAUUCUACGGCCUCUCCCACCCAUUUAUACUUAGUCAAGAACGUAGAAUUUCACAUCUAUUUCUUUCUUUUAACCCCCUUCAACUGCAACAUCAUCAUCAACAACAUUAUACUGCACAUAGUAAAUAUCAAGAAGAAAAAAAUCCAAAUAAAAAUAUAUACCCAGAUCAUUGUUUUCCUGUUUUCUUAUUGAAUUUCUUACCUACCUUCUGAUUUCAAGUUAAAAAUUGGUAAAAUGAGGAUUGAGAAAAAUGUAAGUGAAAGAAAAGGUAAGGAGUACAUCGACUGGAAAAAGAACCGGAGAAGACAGAGGAGGGUGUCGCCGGUUCAAAUACUCUAUGAAACUUGCAAACAAGUGUUUGCUAAUUGUGGUCCUGGUGUUGUACCAUCUGCAGAAAACAUUGAACGUCUCAAGGCAGUUUUAGAUACUAUGGUUGAAACAGACGUUGGCUUGAGUCCGAAUUUGCCAUAUUUCAAGUCAACCACAUAUGAUACACCUAAAAUAACGUACCUGCACCUCCAUGAGUGUGACAAAUUCUCGAUUGGUAUCUUCUGCUUGCCUCCAUCAGCUGUGAUUCCACUUCAUGAUCAUCCUGGAAUGACAGUUUUUAGCAAGCUUCUUUUCGGAGAAAUGCACAUAAAAUCGUAUGACUGGGCGGACAAUAUUCUCCCUGCUGAAUCAACUCCAAGUGCUAAUUAUCCUUUAGACAAUGGGGUUGGGGAUUCAACUGGACUUCGUCUUGCAAAAGUGAAGGUGAAUUCUGUGUUUAGAGCGCCAUGCAAGACCUCUAUCCUCUAUCCAUCUGAUGGUGGUAAUAUGCACUGUUUCACAGCAAGAACAGCGUGCGCAGUACUAGACGUGCUUGGUCCACCAUAUUGUGAUCCUGAAGGUCGCCACUGUCAAUAUUAUUAUGACUUCCCGUUAGCCAAUAUCUCAGUGCCUGAGGAACAGCGCGCCGGCGACUAUGCAUGGCUGAAAGAGAGGGAGAAACCUGAGGACUUAACUGUAGUUGGAGCAUUGUACAAGGGUCCAAAGAUAAUUAAGUGAUCUAAAGAGAAUUUCCUAUGAAUGUCAACAACAGCUAAGUGAAGCAGAAAGAGAAAGUCUCUCUUUCUUUUUUUUCUCUUGUUUUUCCUCCUUAUUUUUUCUUUGUUUUCCUUUGGAGGGGAAAGGGGCCAAUCUUCCUAAUGUACAUAUUCAGACAGGAGGAAACAAACAACGGUCAAUCCAACCAAAAAUGGUUGGAGAAAAUUUGAUGAAGUUGUGUCUUUUAACCUCUACAUAUUUCUAACAUGUAGUUAUCUUUUAGAAUU